CUCUCUCUCUCUCGCUUGUUGUGGCGUUCCCCUCCUCCGCACCCGUCUCUGCUGGAGUUAGCUAGGAAUUUGGGAAGCCCUGUCUGUCGUGACAGCCCGGACAAUUGUUCUCAUAAACUUUUCUGAUUCCCGGUUGUGCCCGGAGGACGGAGGGACUGUUUCUCUUGUCUUUUCGAUGCAUGGGAGUGUCCUGGGAGCGGCGAAGGGAGAAGACAGUGCUGGUGGUCCUGACUGUUCAGCAGGAUGAGUGAGGCGGAGGGCCAGUUCUACAGCGUUCAGGUGGGAGACUCCACCUUCACCGUACUCAAACGCUACCAGCAGCUCCGCGCCAUCGGCUCCGGGGCCCAAGGCAUUGUCUGCUCUGCUCUAGAUUCAGUCCUUGGUAUACCGGUGGCGGUGAAAAAGCUGUGUCGGCCCUUCCAGAAUCAGACCCACGCAAAGCGCGCCUACAGGGAGCUGGUGCUGCUCAAAUGUGUCAAUCACAAAAAUAUUAUCCGUCUGAUCAAUGUGUUCACGCCUCAGAAGUCCCUGGAGGAAUUCCAGGAUCUGUAUCUGGUGAUGGAGCUGAUGGAUGCCAGCCUGUGCCAGGUGAUCCACAUGGACCUGGACCAUGAGAGGAUGUCCUACCUGCUCUACCAGAUCCUCUGUGGCAUCAGACACCUGCACUCCGCUGGCAUCAUCCACCGGGACCUGAAGCCCAGUAACAUUGUUGUGAAGUCAGACUGCACUCUCAAGAUCUUGGACUUUGGCUUGGCUCGGACAGCCUGCACUAACUUCAUGAUGACCCCCUACGUGGUGACCAGAUAUUACCGCGCCCCAGAGGUCAUUCUGGGCAUGAAGUACAAGGAGAAUGUGGACAUCUGGUCAGUGGGGUGUAUCAUGGGAGAGAUGGUGAAGGGCAGCGUCAUCUUCCAGGGCACCGACCACAUCGACCAGUGGAACAAGGUGAUCGAAGUUCUGGGCACGCCGAGUCUGGAGUUUAUGAACCGCCUGAUGGAGACAGUGAGGAACUAUGUGAUGAACAAACCGCAGUAUCCCGGGGUGAACUUCGCUGAUCUCUUCCCCGACUGGGCCUUCCCUUCUGACUCAGAACAUGACAAGCUAAAGACGGGUCAAGCACGGGACCUGCUGUCCAAAAUGCUGGUCAUCGACCCUGAGAGCCGCAUUUCCGUGGAGGAGGCCCUCAAUCACCCCUACAUCCAUGUGUGGUACGACCCUGCUGAGGCAGACGCGCCUCCUCCCCAGAUCUCAGAUAAGCAGCUGGAGGAGAGAGAGCACAGCAUCGAGCAGUGGAAAGAGCUCAUUUAUGAAGAGGUUAUUGACUGGGAGGAGAGGAACAAGAAUGGGUUGAUGAAAGAAGAUUGCUCAGAUGUGGUGUCCGGCUCGGCCUCCCAGUCCUCGUCAGCCAACGACAUCUCGUCCAUGUCCACGGAGCAGACCUUGGCCUCGGACACAGACAGCAGCAGCAUCGACACACUGACGGGACCGCUGGACGAGAGCCAGUGAACACAGUCCACAGCAUGGCCACAUGUCUCUGCCUGUCUGUCUGCCUCACUGUCCCCCUCCUCUUCUCCCAUACAUCAUAUCCAAAUAUCAAUCAGCCGUCACCUUUCUCUCUCUCUUCCCCCUGUUUUCUCCCUUCUUACCCAUUGUCCUUUCUGUCCUAAAUAUUUUUCUUUCCUCUCAUCAGCCUCAAUGGAUAGUUCUAUUUUUCUAUUUUGAUUUGUGCGUGAUCUGAUGGGUCUUACUGAACCCAUCGAUUUCACCCAUAAACUUUGUUUUGGACUGCUGCCUAGAGGUCAACGUUAUGCUAUCUGUUGGUCAAAGGUUUAUCAUUCAAAAUUCUUUGUGGGUAUUUUCAGACUUGAUCAUGUCUACUUUGAUGUAUGCAUCCACGUUGAUUUUCAGAUGACCCGGAAGAGGUUGGGUGAUUGUUGUUUGUUCUUUAUGCCUGUAUCUUAAAAAAAAAGUUUUAUUUUUUUUUAGUGAAUAUUGAGUUGAGACCUCAAGAGGUUCUUGUCAUCAAAUUUGAGCAGAGAAGCACUGAACAUAGACCACAGCUGCCGGCUGCUCUCCUGCAUGUUAUGUCGAAGUGAACAAAAGCUUACAAUCAGUUGAUCGAACCAACCGUUUGAUGAUCAAACACUAAUCCGUUGUUUUGGUCGAUCUUUUAGCUAGCUAGCAGUAUUGCGAAAUCCCGAGUGGUGCUUUCCCACGUUUUUUUUUUCCUUUCUUUCUUUUUAAUUAAUUGGCUUGAGUGAUGUGAAUUUGAGCUUUUACUCCCGACAGCAAGGGGAAGCUGUGGUUGCAGUGUUACAGUUUUAUUUCCUGAUAUAAUGUACUGUAUGUAAAGGUGUCAUGAUCUGAUACUCAUUGUGUAUGUAGACCCUUUUAUUGAAAAUAGAUAAAAGUGUAUUUGUUUUGUUUAGAAAUUCAGUGUACAUGUUGAACUAUAUCUUGCAAUCACCCCAUUUGACAUAAGGUACUGACUAUCAGUGUGUAUAUCAAAAGAACAACAUAAUCCUGUAAAUUUGGGAGAGAGAAAAAAAGAUCCAUGUAAUCGUAUUUAUUUUUGUGUUCUUGCAAAGUGUUGCACACAAUUGAUGACAUUGGGGCCCAUGGAAAUCAAGUUUCUUGUCAAAGCAUUUCAUAGACAACCCAGUACGUGGGCUGUUUCGAAUCUAAACCAUUCCAUUAGUACUGGAAAAAUAAUGAAACAAAUCAUGAAUCACACAUCAUGUAGAACACAUCUAAAGGCAUCUGAAAACACAAAUAAUCAUGUUUAACUUGCAUGGUGGCAUAAAUGAUGCCCAUAGGACAGUUCUUGUUAUAAAGAGAGCUCCAUUCAGGUCAGUUCUUUUACUUACAGUACCUUGGUCUUCUUGGCUCUAAAAGCCUAUCUGAGAGAUGCUGUAUUUUUUUUUUCUCUUGUAAGCCUGUAUGUAUGUAUAAUUGUUAUCAGUGUGUACUGUGCAGCACUCUCCAUCUUUUCUUUUUUGAAUUGUCCUUGAAGACAGCACUCAUCCCGUCUGCAAAGGCAAAGUCUGUGGAGGACGUUGGCCCAGCAAUACAAAGCAGAGAGUUGUCUCGGUGUAGAAAUGUGGACGUGACUGUAGAGUCCCGAGUGGAAACCUGGACCCUGCAGCUCUAGAUCGGAACUUAAGGUUGAUCCUCGGAAAUGGACUGUGGAGCUGCUCAUUGUGGACUGAUUGCAUAGUGUGAUGGACAUGCAGAAAUACAACACUAUGGAGUCAACGAGGACUUAAGCACCAUAUCGUACACUGUUUUCCUUUCAAAAAAAAUCAUGACCUUAUUCAUCCAAUCAUGCCUUAAAUGACCAGGGGAGUGGCCAACUCACUCCCUGCCUCCUAUUGGAUAAGGACUGAGCAUUGCCAUGUUCAGAAUAUCUUGUACGUUUACCGUGUUUGGAAAAAAAAAAAGUUUCAUUGUAUACACUGUACAUCUCACAUUUUUGUUGUUUGUUUGUUUGUUUUUUUCUUUUAUUUUGUUAUUUUCAAAGAUGUCCUAUGUGAUUGCAAUGACCACAAUACUACCACUUGGCCGUCAUCUUCGCCCUUCCUCAAAUAAAAUGGACAUCCUCAAGGAUGGGUUUUAUCUUCCAUGAA